UGACCCCCGCACUCGCCGAGCCCGAGUGAGGGGCCAGAGCCCCCUGGAGUUGGGCGCCCGCGCCCCCAGACAUGGUGGGCCACCUGCAUCUGCAGGGCAUGGGCGGCCUGAAGGAACGGAGCCGCGAGGGCCAGCUGGACAGCCCUGACUCCGGGCUGCCCCCCAGCCCCAGUCCUCCCUUUGACGCCCAGGCGCCCGGCAUCCUCGAUAGUGCACAGGUGGGGGGCCCCGGGGCCGCCUCAGAGCCGCCGGGACUCGGACCCACAGAGGACAGAACGCCCCAUCUCCCUUGCCGCAACGCCUCCCUACCUGAGAUGAGGCCCCGGAUGCUGCCAGUGGUGUUUGGGGAGACCAUCGAGGUGGACCCGGAACCCCCGCACGAGAUCCGCUGCAACUCCGAGCUAAAGUACGCGUCUGAGAGGCACUUCCGGGACAAGGUGUUCUACGCGCCGGUGCCCACGGUCACAGGCUACAGCGAGACCAUCGUGGCGGCGCCCAACUGCACGUGGCGCAGCUUCCGCAGCCAGCUGACCUUAGAGCCGCGGCCACGCGCGCUGCUCUUCCGCUGCACCACCAUCAUCUUCCCCAAGCGCGCACGCAGCUCCUUCCGCACCACCGUGCACUGCAGCCUGGGUCGGCCGCGGCGCUCCUUCACCGCCAGCGUGCAGCUGCGGCUGUGCGGGGCUCCCACCACACUCUGACAGUGGCCAGCUAGGCUGGGCUAGGCUGUCCUGGGCGUGGCCACAGUGUCCGGGGUGGGGGA